AUGGUUAUACCUUGCCAGACACACAAGUAUGCUCCUUACUUCCUACCUCAUCUUCAGAGGAACAAGCCCCUUCAUUCCGAGUGUGAUAGGCAAGGAUUUGAGAUUCCCACUUCAUACAGCCUGGUGAGUGAGGGCCCGACACUGAAGACCCGAGCUCUGGCUGCUGACAUCGCUGUUCUGGAGCUGAUCAGAAAGGACCAUCUGGCAGAUUGGGCCGCUUGGGGUGGCUUCUCUGCGAUGGCUGACAAGGGAACGGGCUGGGACUCUCCAUCUUUGGGCAUUGACUGA